GUGUGUUUGUGUUGUGUGCAAGGCUAGUUGUGUGGUUCGAGAUUUUUUUGUCGUAUAAGUGUAUCCAUGUUUUAGGCACAACAAUUUGGUACUCUUCUGGCUUGUGAAGACUGGUAAAUGAGUCGAAGAUAAGCCUUUCAUUUGCAACUAGAGAAAAAGUGAGAAGACAAAAGCUUUUUUGCAUUAAUCUUGCAUCUGCAACAUUUUGCAUGAUUAUGACUUCCAAUUCCAAUGUCAUGGCAAAACCAAAGGAGUCAAAAAUAGUGUUCAAUGACUCGAGUAUUCCUACAUGGCUAGAAGGUUCAGCUAGUCCUGAACAAUCUGAAGACAAAUCCAGUGCCAGUGAUCCAUGGCUAUCAGAAAAUGUGCUCCUUACAAAUCCUGGACCAACCUUGCCAGAAAGUGUUGUGCCUAACAUUAUAUCUGAACAUGGCAACAUCAUGAAUAAUUCAAAAAGCAAACAAAGGAAGAGACUCAGAACAUCCUCAUUUGGCAAUGUAAGCCCUGCAAAGUGUUCAGCCAGUGAAGCAGUGGCCCAAGAUGACAUGUCCAGCUCCAGCAAUGACGACACCAGCACAGCGGCUGCUGACACUCAGCCACAUCCACCUCUGGCCAAGGCCGUGUCGCCGUCGUCCGACACUGGCGAGGACGUCAUCAUCGACGACUGCACGUUCAGUGACGAUGACGACUGCGUCGUCCUGCCGACCACGGCGGCGCCCCCAGCUGCUGCCCCAGCCCCUUCCCCUCCGAUCGCCCGUGCCUCCCGCGCGGGCCGGCGUGGUCCGCCGCCGCCGGGUAACGCCUCGGAGCCGGUGCCGUUCGGUGUGGACGAGGUUGUCCCGGUGGAUGAGCGCACAGUGCUGGUCACCACCACUCCCGACUUCUGCCUGCUGCUCUGGGGCGCGUUCCAGGUGCGCGUGCUGCGUGGCGCGCUCCGGGUGCACGGGGCACUGCUGACGCCCGCGCGCGCCCAGUUCCUGCCCGUGUUCGCGCUGCGCGUGAAGGCGCUCCCUCCGCUGCUGUCGGCCGAGGACUGCGCCGCUGAUAACACGGCGCCAGCCGGCGUGCCCGCGCUGCCGGCGGAGGCGGCGGCAGCGCUGGAGCGCACCGGGGGCACGGCGCUGCUGCUGCGCCGGCUGCCCAGCCACCUGCUGUCGCUGCUGGCCGCGAAGCUCGGCGACACGUUCACGCCGCGCCCGGACAGCCAGGACGCGGUGAUGUCGCGCGUCGGCUGCCGGCUGCUGCGCGCCGCCGACGAGCUGCACCAGCUGGGUCUGAACACGUUCGCGACCAGCGCUGAGUGGGAGGCACAGCUGCGGCAGCUCGAGGUCCGCUCGACCGGCAAAGAGCGUCUGCGUGUGGUGUUUGCCGGUGGCAAGGGCGUCGGCAAGUCGUCGUGGAUGUACCACGUGCUGAACCUGCUGCUGAACACGCGGCGGCACGUGUACGUGCUCGACCUGGACCCGGGCCAGGCCGAGUUCACGCCCUGCGCCUGCCUCUCGCUGGUCAAGGUCGACACGUUCAUUGUCGGACCGUCCUUCACACACCUCACGGAGCCGGUCAGGAGUGUGUUCCUGGGUGAGGUGUCGGUGGCGAACGACCCGUCCGGCUACCUGGACGCGGCGCACCAGCUGGCCACCGCCUACCGACAGCUGGCCGAGACCGACCCGGCGCCCCUGCUCAUCAACACCAUGGGCUGGGGUUCAGGUCUGGGCGAGGACCUGCUGCUGGAGGUGCUGGGGAUGACGCAGCCGACAGACCUGCUGGAGGUGCGGCACCCCUACAAGGACAACUUCAACUUUGCACAGCCGCUGACGCCGGCGCGGGUGAACGAGUGCGGCCGCAGCUGGCUGAUCGAGCGGUACCUGCUGCCGGACGCGCCGCUCCGGCCGGCCGUCACUUACCGGUACAGCGCGCUCUACUCGCCGGGAGAGCUGACCCGGGAGCGGGCCCAGACCAGGCAGCGGUCCCAGACCAGCACGCUGGCGCCGUGGAUGUACCGGCAACUGAACACGACUGCCUUCGUGGCGUCACUAGAGCAGGAGGACCGGCUUCUCUGCCAGAUCACUCCUGUCUGCGUGGCGUGGUCAUGUCUGGCCGUGGAGGUGAUGGGUCAGCGCGUGCUGCCGCCGCACCUGAUGCACGCCGUCAACGGCACCGUGGUGGCGCUGUGCCGCUCCGAGCCGGCCACCUGGCUGCGGCCCGACGACCCGUCCAUGUUCGCGCUGCUGCCGCGGCCGCGCGACACGCCCACAUGCCUUGGCUUCGGUCUGGUGCGCGGCGUGGACCCGGAGCGCCGGCUGCUGUACCUGCUCACUGACUUGAGUCCGGAGCGGCUCGGCGAGGUCAACACACUGCUGCGCGGCCCGCACCACCUGCUGGACGUGUUCCUGGCCGGCAGCGGGCUGCGCUCGUGGACACCGGCGCUCACAAAGGGCGCGCCGUCCACGCCGCUGUCACAGCCCAACCAGCGAAUAAAGGUGGCCCGCCGCACCGUCUUCAACCGGUAACACCGGGCCGGCGGCGGCCAAACCGAGCCGCCGAGUGAAACAGACUGUGCCUCGCCGAAACGCUGUGCGCGCCGGGCUUUCAGUGUGUGACAUGUGCUGGUAUGGUGCGGUGACCGAUAUUCAAGUGGCUCAGGACUGCCUUCAAUUCUGCAGGUGUCUGGAGAAAACCCAGUCGGACCUCUCAGCAUUUUUCAUUGUUAGAGUAUUUCAUUUGGAAAACGCAGAUCGACAAUAUGCAGAAUGUGUCGCGGACCAAGAGCUGUAUGCUUGAAAGCGACCAGACCCAUAAGCGACAGGAGUGUCUAGCAUGAAUUGAUUGGAUGUGGAAGUAGAAUGAUGAUGGUUAACGUCGCCAUCAUGUUUUGUUUUAGCAAGGCUGGGAAUGGAAAUCAUUCGUCCAAUUCCCAGUAGGUUGUUACAAGUGUGCUUACUGCUCAAUGGCGCUUAGUGGUGUGCGAAAAUGCAAGCAAUAUUCUUACACGUUGUUGUUUUCUAUCCGUUUUGAACAAUACACGUGUAAAAGACGCCA